AGCACUUCCGGGCUCGUCCAGGGCCGUUGCCAUGGAGCCUGCGGGGCCGUGUGGUCAGUGUCCCCCAGGCGAGGCGAAGCCGGCGCGCUACACCUGCCCUCGCUGCAAUGUGCCCUACUGCUCGCUGGCCUGCUACCGGGCUCACGGGGCGUGUGCCGAGGCCUUCUACCGAGACCAGGUGUUGGGCGAACUCCGCGGCCGCAAGGCCUCGCCCAGCCGCUUGGCGGGCGCCCUGCGCCGCCUUCGAGAGCAGCGCGAGGCCGAAGCGUCGGAGGAGCACCAGGGCCUGGACGGCCUGUGGGAGCGGUUGCAGCCCGCCGAAAAAGCAGCCUUUGAGCGACUCUUGAGCCGAGGAGAGGCCGGAAAGUUGCUCCCGCCCUGGCGGCCGUGGUGGUGGCGCAGCGGGACGCGGGCGCCGCUGCUGGAGGAGCUGCACGAGGACGGCGCUUCGGAGCCCGCGUCUGUACCUGAGCCUACCCAGGGUGAGCCAGAGCCUGUGGCCGCGCCGCCGCCCGUGCCUGCCACCAUCCCCGCCCUGGCGCGUCUAAGCGGCGGCCGCGCGCCUUCACCCCUGCUGCGCUUUCAGCUGCCUAACGUGCUCUUUGCCUACGCGCAUGCGCAGGCCCUCUAUCACGGUGGUCUGGACGAUGACCCGGAGAUGCUGCUGGACCUGUGCUCCACAGUGCUGGGCGUGGCCGGCGCGCUCGGCGCCCACCACAACUUCCGCUCCACACGUGAGGCUCUGCAUGCAGCUGCCCAUGCGCUGAGGGCGGGCGCGCACCCACCUGGGCCCCUGGGCACUCGGGGCUCCAUGCGAGAGGCUGCCCGUAUCCUGCUGGGUGAAGGUCCACAGGUUGGCCUGCAGAAGGGCUACACAUUGGCUGCUCUGGGGCACCUGGCGCGUGCGUUUGGGCAUGCGCGCCACCUCAUGCCUGCGGGCCAGCUUCGGGAACGUCUCUACCGUGCCCGCAAGAAGUGCCAGUACUUGCUGUCCUGGACCAACGAGCACGAGGAAGAGCUUAUGUCUCUGGCCCUGGACUGUGCCCAGGAGUACCGGGCUGAGGAGGAGGAAGCUGGCCAGGUGGAAGCCCUGAGUGGGGAGCUGGAGCGUUUGUGGGGAGGGCCGCGCCCCCCAGCCCCGAGGACCCUGAUACAGGAGCUGGCCUGAAGGAAACCCACCAGGCCUUGCCCCAAUAAAGCCAGCUUGAGACUGACCCUGGCCUCCCGGGUUGUGUGUGUGUGUGUGUGUGU